CGCACGCACGCACGCACGACUUAGACGCACCACAGAACCAACGAAUUCCGUUGGAGGAACUGCUGGAGGAACCGAGCGGCUCAGGUGGUUCCUGAGGAUAGACUAGUUCCUAUAUCCCACCCCCUCCUGCUCUUAACCACCCUUGACACCCGACACCCGGAAACCUGCGAUCGCAGCCAAAAGCGAGUCCGUUAGAGCCGCGGCGCGAGCGGGACGGAGGAGCGACAUCACAGCUGGAUACAAAGUAACGAGCGGAAGAACAUUUCGACCUUUUCCGCGACACUACCACGCUCUGAACGUAACGUUGUAACAGCCUACGAGUAACUUGACCUGAGAUCUACAAUUUCGCUACAUGCCGCGGCAGAUGUGCCGCCAGUUAUGCCGCGAGCGCCCUUAACCCAGCUCUUGGAUCUGAGAUGAUCUUUUAUACAGGAGCUCUGAAGUUCACGCGGGGGUGAUCGUCAUGUGGAGAUGACCGGUCGGAGCGCCCCAGGAACUCCGCUGGACCGUUAACUCCUAUCGCGGACUCAGGGAGGGAUGACUGCGGGAUCCAGAGGCUGAAGAGGGAGACUAAAACUAAGCGCCACAUUUAAUCAUUUAUGAUUUUUUUUUCAAGGGCUCUGCGGCCAAGUCUUACAACUCCGACACCGCGCUUAGAGCCCAGGCAGGCUGAGAAAUCGAAUCCUCGCCGAGUGAGGGCAUGUCCACGUGUUCUCCCCACGGUCACGUCACGGUAACGGGAUCGAUCGAUCGGCCGCUCGUUCACUCGACUCGCUCAGUUCGUACGUGACGUCGCUUUCGAAGCUCGCUUUCGCCGCACGAUGCGCGAUUCCUUGGGGAACUUGAGCUUACUGCAAAGAAUCUGCACGGUGGUCGUGCUCCUCUGCUUCGUGCACAUCUCCGUCACCCUCCUCUACUACCUUCGCACCCUGGACCUGCGCGGCUCCUUCCUGCAAAACCAGCAAGCAAACUCUCCGAGUCCGAAUGAGGCGAAGGAGCCGGCGGGGGUGACCGAGGCGCACCGCUUGAGGUCUGCUUUGGGGUCCAAUGUUUCCGGGGAGGCUGGGGGGGGACUCGAACCCUGUCCCGAGCGGUCGCCCCUUCUCGUGGGUCCACUGAGGAUCGAGUUCUCCAAUCCUGUGAGCUUGGACUUAGUGAGGAGCGAGAACCCCAGGCUUAGCAGCGGUGGACGCUACAAGCCCACUGAUUGCAUUGCCCUCCAGAAGGUGGCCAUGAUCAUCCCCUUUCGCAACCGUGAUGAGCACCUCAAGUUCUGGCUCUACUAUCUUCAUCCCAUCCUGCAGCGUCAACAGCUUGACUAUGGAGUGUAUAUCAUCAACCAGGGUGGAGAAGAGGCCUUUAACCGGGCAAAGCUCCUGAACAUCGGCUACGCUGAAGCCCUGAAGGAGUACGACUACGACUGCUUCGUCUUCAGCGACGUGGACCUUAUCCCCAUGGACGAUCGCAACACCUACAAGUGCUUCAGCCAGCCUCGGCACCUGUCCGUUUCCAUGGACAAGUUUGGCUUCAAGCUGCCUUACAACCAGUACUUUGGGGGCGUGUCCUCGAUGAGCAAGCAGCAAUUCCUCAAAAUCAACGGCUUCCCGAACGACUACUGGGGCUGGGGAGGCGAGGAUGACGACAUCUUCAACAGGCUGAGCUCCAGAGGGAUGUCCAUCUCCCGGCCCAGCGGUGAGAUCGGAAAGUGCAGGAUGAUCCGACACGACCGAGACAAACAGAACGAGCCUAAUCCCCAAAGAUUUGACAGAAUCGCACACACCAGGGAGACAAUGAACCGCGACGGCAUCAACUCCUUAUCCUACAAAGUCAUCAAGGUGGAGAAGGAUCUGCUGUUCACGAAGAUCACGGUGGACGUCGGAAAACCCCCAGCGUAACUUCCACCAGAAGAGGAUGCGGACAAGCAUCCAGACUUUAAAAACAUACUUUUUUUUUUUUUUUUUUUUUCCUUUCUCCUCUGUGAAUGCAGUAACCAGAUGUGCCUUGACAUAAAUCAGGAGACUGAUCCUAUAAAUCAAGAUGCUUGACAUUUCCAGGAUCUGUCUAAAAACGUGCGAGCUGUUCUUCCAUGUUGACUUCGAUCCUUCGCACAGCUGAAUUUUAAAUGCCGUUUUCACGCUAAGUUCCUCUUGCCGUCCCGUCCGAAUAAGGAAGGGACUUCUGCUGGAGGGGUUCUGCAGGAACCCCACUGAGAGGUGCCUGACAAGCCUUUGCGGCACCCUGUGAAGUCAAAGUAACAGUCCUUAAAGAGAUUCAUCAUCAUGGACUCAUCCUCCACUAACAAGCCAAAGCCCAGUCUCAACUUUUUCUCCUUUGGAUGACACUCAUUCUUCUAUUUUUGACUUCCUUUCAGAUAAUUGCUGUGAAAUUCGUAAUCCUGUCUUAGAUCGAAAGCACAGGAUUAUGUGCGUAAUUUGUGUGCUUUUCAACGUACUGGUCUCUUAGUGUACUGUGAUUUAGUCAUUGGUUUGUUAUGUGAUGGAGCUGCAUCGGUUGUCAAACUGCCACAUUUUGAAGAACAUCUUGUCGGCCUUGUGACCUUUAGUCUUGCAGUUGAUGUCUGCUGGUGUUUACAUAGAGUAGAAACGCAUUUACAUGCACAAAGCAUCAUUAGUGGAAUUUGAAAAAGCCAAAACAUAUAUAUGU